CUGCCUGCUUUUUGUUUGUGUAUAUAUAGAUUAGAUACCAUCAACAUCGAGAGUUUUCCACCCCUCAUUACCCCUUCAAACUCACCAAUUAUUGCUGCCUUCUCUGGACCAUGCAGCGCUGUGUACCGGCAUGUUCAGGAUUUCUGCUAGCUUGUCUCCUUGCUUUUCUAUUUCAAAUCUUCUUCUUCUCACCGAUAUCUCCCGACUUGCUUCAAUUGCCUCCAACUUCUUCUCUUCCCACAAACAAGCGACUACAGGAAGUGAUUAAACUUGGAGAAGGACUUUUACAAGGUCCAGAAGAUGUUUGUGUAGACAGAGAGGGUCUACUGUAUACGGCAGUCAGAGAUGGUUGGAUCAAAAGAUUGCAUAAGAAUGGAUCCUGGGAGAAUUGGAAGAGGAUAGACAGCGAUGCCUUACUUGGUAUCACAAUCUCCAAGGAAGGUGGUCUCGUCGUUUGUGAUGCUGAAAUGGGUUUGCUUAAGGUUACUGAAGAUGGAGUUACAGUUCUUGCAUCACACAUUAAUGGGUCCCCGAUAAGGUUUGCGGAUGAGGUGAUUGAAGAUUCAGAUGGUAACCUCUAUUUUAGUGUUGCAAGCACCAAAUUUGGACUCCAUGAUUGGUUUCUAGAUGUUCUCGAGGCCAAGCCUCAUGGGCAAUUGCUCAAGUAUGAUCCCUCAUUGAAUGAGACCUCGAUUCUGCUUGAUGGUUUGUGCUUCCCCAAUGGUGUUGCUCUCUCAAGGGAAGAAGAUUUUCUGGUCUUCUGUGAAACUUGGAAAUUUAGGUGCCAAAAAUAUUGGCUCAAGGGCAAGAACAAAGGUAAAACAGAAAUUUUUGUUGAGAACCUUCCUGGCGGACCUGAUAACAUCAAUCUGGCUCCGGACGGUUCUUUCUGGAUUGCUUUGCUACAGUUUGUUCCGGAUAAGCUGGAAUUCUUGCACUCCUCAAUUUCAUCCAAACAUUUAGUGGCAUCAUUUCCCAAAUUGGUUAAACUAGUCAAUGGAGCCUACAGGAAAGCAAAGGUGGUGAAUUUGGCAGCUGAUGGAAAUAUUACCAGGAUGUUUGAUGAUCCCAAUGGAAGAGUGAUGUCGUUUGUAACUUCAGCUUUUGAGUUCGAGGAUCACCUUUACUUUGGAAGCUUAAACGCCAACUUCAUUGGAAAAAUACCACUGAAAGUGGCUGGAUAUUCGUAGGAUGCAAAAGUUAAAAAGCAAGCCUUAUGCAUGUGCAUUAGGUAUGAACAUGGGGCGACUUGCUAUUAUUAUUUAAGCACCAUAGAACACUAUCUGCUCGCAAAAUAUCUAUUGUGCCAGAAACAUUUCAUUCUUCUGCA